AUGGAGAAACCCGUAACUUCUUUUCUACAUACUCUGUUUCCACUUUUUCUCAUAUUUUUCCUCGUUAAAGGAAUCAAAGGGAACAUCGGUGUAAACUAUGGCACGGUGGCCGACAACCUACCCCCACCGGCACAAGUGGCGCGCUUCCUCCUUGAUUCCACCAUUAUCAGCCGUGUGAAGCUCUACGACACCAACCAGGAAAUCCUUCAAGCCUUUGCGCAUACCGGAAUCGCCAUUACUGUGGCUGUCCCCAACAACUUAAUCCCAAAUCUUACAAAUCUCAAGUUCUCCCAACAAUGGCUCAAAACAAAUAUCGCACCUCACGUUCCAGCCACCAACAUAGUCCGUAUCGUCGUCGGGAACGAAGUCCUUUCCACCACGGAUGACUCUGUCGUCUCUAGCCUUGUUCCGGCGAUGCAGACUCUCCACGCAGCUCUAGUCGGAGAGGAUCUUCACCGUCGGAUCAAGGUCUCCACACCACAUUCAUUAAGCAUCCUCUCGUCUUCAAGCCCACCUUCAUCUGGGAGAUUUAAACAGGGGAAUAUCGUUCAGGUGGUCAGACAAUUACUUGGUUUUUUACGAGCGACAGACUCACCAUUCAUGAUUAAUCCCUACCCAUUCUUCGGAUACUCCGGCAACACGCUGGAUUAUGCCAUGUUUAGACCCAACUCAGGGGUGUUCGACGAAAUGACUCAGAGAAAAUACACAAACAUGUUAGAUGCCCAAUUAGACGCUACGUAUUCAGCGAUGAAGCAGCUAGGUUUUGGGGAGGUGGAGAUCGUUAUCGCCGAGACUGGGUGGCCGUCGAGAGGCGAUCCCGGCCAAAUCAGUGUUGAUACAGAGAGUGCUCGUGAAUUCAACGGCAACCUCAUCAAACAUGUUAUGUCAGGUCUCGGGACACCACUCAUGCCCAAUAGAACUUUCGAGACUUACAUUUUUGCACUCUUCAACGAAGACCUAAAACCCGGCCCGACUUCGGAAAGAAACUUCGGGCUUUUCCACCCGGAUAUGACACCUGUUUAUAACUCCGGCAUCUUUAGACACAAGGCCGGAUCAAAGUCGCCGUCAAAUUGGAAUCCAGAGAGAGGAGUUCCGGUGGCGGGAAACAAUGGCGGUGGCGGGAAAACAUGGUGUAUUCCGACAAGUGGAGCGAGUGAAGAGGUUUUACAGAUGAAUAUUGAUUAUGUAUGUGGGUUAGGGUUUGAUUGUCAGCCCAUAAGCAAAGGUGGGAGAUGCUUUUACCCUGAUUCGGUUCGAGCCCAUGCCGCCUACGCCAUGAACGUCUAUUACCAAGCUACCGGCCGGCAUGACUAUGAUUGUGAUUUUAGAAGCACCGGCGCCAUAACUUCCAGCAAUCCAGGUUAUGGAAGAUGCAAAUAUUAAAGUAGUGGAACUUCAGGAAAGAAGCUUUAUAUUUCCAACGUUUGUAAUGUAGAUUAUAGAGCAUGUGAAACUUUUAAGGAUUUGUUAUGCUUACAAGUUACAAGAGUGUA